UAAUAUUUUUGAAUGAAACACGUCAAUGAUCAUCCCUUAUUUCAAAUGAGUAUAUCAUCAUGAUAUUGAUAGUAUUCAUUAUAUUAGACAUAGAAAGUUAAGAUAACUAAUCAAAAUUACUAGCAAGGUAUUGAUAAAUUAAAAUAUGUAUAUUCGUUUAAAUUUAAUAUAUUACUAAGAUGAAAAAAUAUUUAAAUUUCUCAAUAUUAAUAGUAUGGAACAAUUGAAACUGUUAAAUUUUCGCUUUCAUCCGGCCAACGGGCCUGGCCCCAAUUUAGUUGUUUAAAAAAAUUAUUUUAUAGGUUUUCUAAUUAUUGGCUGAGAUGGCAAUGAAGAAAGGUUGCUAUGUUUUAGUAUUUAAAAAAAAUAGUGGUUGUGUGAUUGUUGGCUAGCAAAGCCACGAGUGAUGUACCGUUCUAGCCAUAAUCAAUGUUUGGUUAUUUAAUUAUCUCAUCCGCAUUCUUUUAGGGAGAAGGGAAGUCAUGCUUGGAGUAAUUAAAAGAAAGAAGGCUAGAAUUAAUCUCUAAAUAUAGAGUACAAUUAUCAUGUAUGUAAACUAGGAAAAUGCUCUCGUCACCUAUGGCGAGAGCUCAAGCUGGGCGGCCGUCGGACACCGCCCCAUCUCUGGCUAUUCCAGCAGUUUUGAUAGCGUCGCCGGUCGUCAAGGCAUCAACCGCUGAAGGAACUCAGAGGAUCACCAUCUCAGACAACGAAGGAUCUACAGGCAAGAAGACUCCACUUCCUUUCACAUACGUCGGCACGGUGAUCGGAGUGAAGUCGUCGACAAUCCCACAACCUGCGCCAAGCAAUGGCUCGCAGUGGGGGAGCACUAUUUGAUUCUAGGAGAGCAUCUAGGAGAACCUGCUCUUAAGGUCUCUCCGAUGUUCAAGAGUCGCCUAUGUGCCUCAUGGCAAAGAGCUCUGGUAGUUCGUUUAAUGGGCAUUAAAGUUGGCUACAACACCCUCUGCUCGCGUUUUCGGUCCCAAUGGCGACCUCUUGGAUCUAUGGAGGUGAUGGAUUUGGACCACGACUGUUUUCUCGUGAAGCUAAGGCUCGCACGGAUGGUCCCUGGAAGAUGAUCGUGUGGGUGCAGCUUCCGCCGUUGAAGGUCCAUUUCUACCACAAGGAAGUUCUAAUCUCUUUAGGCAAUCUAAUUGGUAGAACGAUCAAGUUAGACUAUCAUAAACUAAACCAACAGCGAGCGAAAUUUGCUCGGAUUGCUGUAGAGGUCGACAUGUCCAAACCUCUGGUUUCAAGGAUCUUUCUCGAUGACGAGUGGCAGAAGGUGGAAUACGAAAACCUUCCGCUUCUGUGUUUCGAAUGUGGAAAAAUUGGCCACAUCGGAAAAACAUGUCCGACGGUGCACCAUGAUCGUCCGGCUGGCAUCGCCGAUGCCCAGACAUUGGAGCAGACGACAGAAAAACCUACCAGAAUCUCUGGCAGGAUCCUCCCGCAAACCCUAAGUUCCCCUCCCUGCAACGGCCAGCAAAUCUUGACAAUAAAGGAGUCUCUAUUUC